AUGACAACAACAACAACAUCAUCAUCAUCAACCACAUCAAAAAUGAGCUUGAAGCUUUUAGUUGACAUAAAAGUUGAUAGAGUUCUCUUUGCCAAAGCAUCUAAAGAUUUCGUUGACUUCCUCUUCAACCUCCACCGCCUACCGAUCGGCGCUGUCACGAACCUCCUAACCAAAACCAACAUGGUAGGUUCAUUAGGCAAGCUUUGUGAAAGUAUCGAGAAUCUCAGCGACACAUACUUAUUGCAACAGAGCCAAGACAAAGACAUGUUAUUGAAACCAACAACCCUAAUCCCUCCUAGCUUCCUCUUGCUACAAGAUUUCGAAGGGAAUAGUGAGAUGUAUGAGCCUCCUAAGCUUUACAGGUGCAGCUGGGGUAGUAAGUGUUCUAACUAUGUGACUCUAGUUGUGAACACUUCGUGUCCAAACUGUGAUCGUUUGAUGAACGAUUCUGUAACAUAUGCGGGGAAGAAGAAGAUGGAAUUGAAAGGUGCUGGUGGGGAGGAUGGGUUUGUGAAGGAAGCUAUGACAUAUAUGGUAAUGGACGAUCUUGAGGUUCUACCUACGUCUCCUAUCUCGUGUAUUGCUUCACUCAACAAGUUCAAUAUCAAAGACGUCAGUUCAAUACAAGAAAUGGUUGUUGAGUUUGGAAUCCAAGAGGCUAUCCAAUUGCUAGAGGCUUCUCUGCAAAGCAGAAAUGUUUUGACAAGUGUUUUCCUUAAGGAUAUCAAGUUUAAGAAAGAGUCAAAUAUGAUCCUUCAAUAA